AGCCCUAUUCACACCUCAGCCAGGCUGUGGUGGCCAGGACUGGUUUGGGAAGGCAGAACCCUGGGGCUCAGGGUCCCUGAGCCAGCAGCCACAGCCUCCAGCCUGCGCAAGGACAUCCGGAAGCAUCUCGGGCCUGAGCUUCUGCUAUCUACCCUGCUGAGACUUUAUCCUAACCCUGGCGCCAUGAAACUUCAGAUAUUCUGGACUGGGCUGGAAUACACCUGCCGGCUCCUGGGCAUCACCACUGCUACAGUGUUGAUCGGCGUGGGCACUGAGACCUUUCUUCGGGGACAGUUCAAAAGCCUGGCUUUCUAUCUGCUGUUUACAGGAGCUGCUGUCUCUGUGUGCGAGGGGGCCUACUUUGUGGCUCAGCUGCUGGCCAUCUGCUUCCGGUUUCGACCAGGGUCCCUGGCUGACAGAGCAAGGCAGAAGGCCCAGUGGCUGGGCUGCUUCCAGAAGUUCUUGGCCUACAUGCUGCUGUCAGUGGCCUGUUUCCUCCACCCUGUCCUGGUCUGGCAUGUAACCAUUCCAGGUUCUAUGCUCAUUGUUACUGGGCUGGCCUACUUUCUGCUGAGCAAGCGCAAAAAGAAGAAACCUACCCCCGAGGUUCUGGCACCACCGGAGCAGUACACAGACCCCUCCAGCAGCGCUAUGAGCACCACCGGCUCUGGGGACACUGAGCAAACCUACACCUUCCAUGGGGCUCUCAAGGAAGGGCCUGGCUCCCUCUUUAUUCACAUGAAGAGCAUCCUGAAGGGGACCAAGAAGCCCAACACACUCCAUCCCCCAGACUCCCUGAUGGAGCUGAGUCUUGAGUCAGCUGACUCUCUGGCCAAGAAGAAGCAGGUGCACUUUGAAGACAACAUGGUCCGCAUCAUCCCAUCCCUCACUGAAGGUCUGGAUGAUGGAGACAGUGAGCCAGAGGAGACCACCUCUGACACAACCCCUAUCAUCCCUCCUCCCCAGUCUCCACUCUUCCUAUCUUCUCUCACAGCCACUGGACUGUUCUGAGCUGCUUGCUCCCCUCUAGGGUACACUCAGUAAGGGGUCUCCAAAUAUCGAUGGCCCUGCCUGGAGUUUCCUGAUAUUCUUGG